UGAGGAUGCAGCGACCCACCACGGUCAGCGAGGAUGUGGUCUCGCUCCUAGCGUCCCUGGAGCAGGGCCUGCACGAGGUUGGACCGCAGCUGCAGUGCCUGCUUGGCAUGCUUGAGUGGCAGACAGGCCAGAAGCGGUCCACCCUGUUCAUCAUCAUGGUCACGCUCCUGUGCAUCUACAUGGUCACCAGCAAGAAUGCCCCGCUUGUGUGUGGCCUUGUUGUCUACCUCAUCGCUGCCUACUCCUCCUUUCACAACAUAGAAAAUUCUUCCAAAAGUGACGACAGCCGAUGGAUUACUUUCUGGCUCAUCUUUGGCCUCUUCAACAUGCUGGACUACUUCACUGACCAGAUUAGGGAGAACUUCCCACUCUUUUGGUUGUUCAAGCUUUUAUUCUUGACCUGGUGUCUGGCGCCGACUGGAACCAACGGUGUGACCAUCAUCUAUUUUCACCUGCUGUAUCCACUCUUUCUUGGCAUGAAUGACCGCUGCGCCAUGGUCACAGACUUCGAAAGCGGCCGGGCAUUCUGUAGCCGCGUUUGGCAUCGCUGCUACCCGUGGGCACAGGAGCCGGAACCACUAGCCAGGAAAAUGGAAGAUUCUGGAGAGCCUGCCCGGUCAGUCUACCUUUCACCUGCAGCUUAUUGCACAAAUGUAACCAUUUGCAUUGUUUGCACUUGCACCCUGCCACUUGUUUCCUAGUCUGUCCUUAUUCCACAAUAUCUAUUAUCAUAUCCCACAGCUCUGCCUUUAAU